UUAGUUUUCUUUGUCUCAACAAAUGGCAGACAAUAAGAAUGUUAUUUCUGAUGUGAUUCCGGUGAUGACUAAGAUCACGGAACACAAACUUAAUGGUUCAAAUUACCUGAAGUGGAGUAAAACUGUUAGGGUCUAUUUGCGUAGCAUUGAUAAGGAUGAUCACCUUACUAAAGAUCCACCCACUGAUGAUACACGACAAACUUGGCUAAGGGAGGAUGCUCGGUUGUUUUUGCAGCUUCGGAACUCGAUUCAUAGUGAGGUAAUUAUUUUAAUUAAUCACUGUGAAUUUGUUAAGGAAUUGAUGGAUUACUUAAAUUUUUUGUAUUCUGGUAAAGGGAAUAUCUCCCGUAUUUAUGAUGUUUGUAAGGCAUUCUACCGUGCUGAGAAAGAGGAUAAGUCUCUCACGGCUUAUUUUAUGGAUUUUAAACGGGUCUAUGAGGAACUUAAUGUAUUGUUGCCUUUUAGUCCUGAUGUGAAAGUUCAGCAGGCCCAACGGGAGCAACUGGCUGUUAUGAGUUUUCUUACAGGCCUUCCUUCAGAGUAUGAGACUUCUAAAUAUCAGAUUCUCUCCAGUUCUGAGAUUUCCUCUUUGCAUGAAACGUUCACACGGGUCCUUCGUACAGAGAGUACUCAAUCUUCACAAACACAAAGAGUGCUCUUAUUAGCCGUAAUCCAAAUGAACAACAGGGUAAUAGAAGAGGAAGUAGAGGAGGAAUUACAGGCAAUAGAAAUAAUCAGCGUAAUGGAGAGGCUAGUUCUAAUCAGGACUCAAGAGGAGUCAUUUGUUAUUAUUAUCAUGAGCCUGGCCAUACAAAAUAUAAUUGUCCGCAACUUCAGAGGAAAAAUCAGCGAUCACAGAUGGUAAAUAUGACAGCAGAGAAUUCUACAGUAUCUUCCUCUGAGAAAACUAUUUUGGUAUCUGCAGAGGAUUUUGCACAAUUUUCCCAGUAUCAGGCAUCUCUAAAGCCUACUAGUUCCCCUGUCACUGCGAUCGCUGAGUCAGGAUCUUACGACGAAGCAGAUUAUUGGUAGAGGACGCGAGUCAGGUGGUCUCUACAUUCUGGAAAAUCAUGUACUGCGGUCGCUUGUUUGCUCCAGUACCUUAACACCUCUUGAAGCUCAUUGUAGAUUGGGUCAUCCUUCUUUGUCUACCAUGAAAAAGCUGUGUCCUCAAUUUCAGUCUUUAUAAGUACUAGAAUAUGAGUCGUGUCAGUUUGUAAAACAUCAUCGUUUGCCUUCUGUGUCUAGAGUCAAUAAACGGGCUUCAUUCCCUGUUGAGUUAGUUCAUUCUGAUAUUUGGGGUCCUUGUUCUGUUACAUCUAAAACUGAAUUUCGUUAUUUUGUUACUUUUGUUGAUGAUUACUCUCGUGUUACCUGGUUAUAUUUAAUGAAGAAU